CCGCGCUUUGUAUUCGAUUUGAGAACCCCAAUCUCGAAGCGUUGUUGUGAAUCCAAUAUGGCGAUAUUUGAUGUUAGACUAUUUUGAAGAAGUGCACAUGUUUUUAUACAAAUGGGAGUUAAAUAAGAUAUUAUUGGGGUGCAAUUCAUUAGCGCCAUAAUAAUUGAUUCAUUACUUGAGUACGUAGUCUUUAGAGCGUUGACUAUCAUGACAGACACUAGACGAAGAGUAAAGCUUUACGCUCUGAAUGCUGACCGGCAGUGGGACGACAGAGGUACAGGUCACGUAUCAUCAUGCUAUGUGGAGAGACUCAAAGGCACAUCCCUGCUAGUGAGAGCAGAGUCAGAUGGUUCUCUCCUACUGGAGAGUAAAAUACAACCAGAUACAGCAUACCAGAAACAGCAGGAUACACUAAUAGUUUGGUCAGAAGGAGACAACUUUGAUUUAGCAUUAAGUUUUCAAGAGAAAGCAGGCUGCGAUGAGAUAUGGGAAAAGAUUUGUCAGGUCCAAGGAAAAGAUCCUUCAGUUGAAAUCACACAAGAUAUUGUUGAAGAGUCAGAAGAUGAGCGCUUUGAUGAAAUGUCAGAUAGUGUACAACCAGUGGAGUUGCCAGCCUGUGAAAUGGGCCGUCUGGAAGACAUCAGUGAGCUAGUGAACAGCUGUUUAGUUUCACCAGCACGAAAAGAUAAACUUGCAGCAGCAUUGGAGAGCCAACACUACAUAAAGAAACUACUCAACCUCUUCCACAUGUGUGAGGACAUCGAAAACAUUGAAGGAUUGCAUCAUCUCUAUGAAAUCUUCAAAAGUAUUUUUCUUCUCAACAAAAACACACUAUUUGACACAAUGUUUGCUGAUGACACUAUAUUUGAUGUGGUCGGGUGUCUUGAAUAUGAUCCCAGCCUGCCACAGCCUAAGAAACACAGAGAGUAUCUAAGAGAGUUGGCCAAAUUCCGUGAGGCUAUUCCUAUAAAGAACCAAGAUCUCCUAGCUAAGAUACAUCAGACAUACAGAGUGCAAUACAUUCAGGACAUUGUACUGCCUACACCAACAGUUUUUGAGGAUAAUCUGCUAAGCACAUUAUCCAGUUUUAUAUUUUUCAAUAAAGUAGAAAUAGUUAAACUUAUAGAAGAGGACGAAAAGUUUUUAACUGAUCUGUUCAAAUUGCUUAUUGAUGAGAAGACACCGGACACAAAGAGAAGGGACUUAGUUCUAUUUUUAAAGGAGUUUUGUAAUUUUUCACAAAAUCUACAGCCACAGGAUAAGGAUGUGUUUUAUAAGACCCUAGUUUCAUUGGGUAUCCUGCCAGCCUUAGAAAUUACAUUAAGUAUAGAUGAUCAGAAGACCAAGACUGCAUCUAUAGAUAUUUUAACCUACAUAGUGGAGUUUUCUCCUUCUGUCGUGAGAGAUUAUACUUUACAGCAAGCUAACAAUACUGAAGAGGAGCAAAUGUUGUUGAACAUUGUCAUAGAACAAAUGCUUCGUGACCGUGACCCUGAACUCGGUGGAGCUGUGCAGCUAAUGGGUGUGCUACGUAUCUUACUCGACCCAGAGAGUAUGCUGGCAUCUGUGAACAAAAGCGAGAAGGCAGACUUCCUAAACUUCUUCUACAAACACAGCAUACAAACUCUGAUAGCCCCUCUCCUAGAGAACACAACUGGUGAGAAGCCACUAAAAGAAGACUACCACACUGUGCAGCUAUUGGGUCUGGUAUUGGAACUGCUAUCAUUCUGUGUGGAACACCACACCUACCAUAUCAAAACCUGCAUACUCAACAAGGAUCUCCUCCGUCGUAUACUGGUGCUGAUGAGGUCGACGCACACCUUCCUGGUUCUCGGCGCUCUAAGGUUCAUGCGGAAAAUAAUCGCACUCAAGGAUGAAUACUAUAACAGAUACAUUAUCAAGGGCAAUCUCUUCGCGCCAGUUAUUGACGCUUUUCUUAGAAAUAAUGGCAGAUAUAACUUACUUGACUCUGCUAUACUAGAGUUAUUUGACUUUAUUAGACUAGAAGACAUCAAAUCACUUUGUUCUCAUAUAGUGGAAAACUACGGUAAAAUUUUAGAAGACGUUGAAUACGUACAGAUAUUCAAGGCAUUAAAAACGCGGUAUGACCAACACCAGGACAAGUUGAAAGAGAGAGAUAGAGACGCGCUGCAAACCGGGACGAAUCCGAGGAAUCCGAGAGAGAUGGCCGCCUUAAUCUUAGCGCCGAUCGUUCCAGUGAGCGGCAGUGUGGGUGUGACGGAAGCUGUAGUUCCGUCUCUUUUGCGCACGAGGUACCGACGAGAGGCGCGCGCGCCGGACGACGAGGAAGAAAUGUGGUUCAACGAUGACGACGAGUUGGAAGAUGACGCGCCGUUGGACGCAGCGCAGCCGCAUGCGCAUCACACGCUCGACGCCAUUGGGAAAAUAGUUGAAAAGAAAGUGUGCUCGAGCACCGAGACAGUGAACGGCCCUAGCAGGGUGCUCCUCAGCACCACCACUGCCCCCAAGCCCACGCACAGUGACGUUCAGGUAUCCUCGCCCAGAUUACUCAAUAAGGGUCUCGUGGAUUACGACGGGGAUUCCGACGAAGAAGAGGAAGGGGGCGGCGGCGGCGGCGGCAGCAGCAGUAGUGGGGAAAACGCCGGCGCCGGCGCAGCAACAGGCGAAGAGAGAGACGCAAAGCGACCGCGACUCGCGUAGUCGGCGUCUCGCUCCCCCCGCCCGUUUCAAGGAAUAUAACCGAGCUCCCCUUGUCUCGCAGCGCUGUGCAUUACCCAGUGAAACGACGGAAUGCAGUAAGAUUUACGUAUAUUAUUAUCACUCUAGCUCUAUGACGCGCGUUGGCGACAGUCGAGCGGCCGCGUGUGACGUCAUCGAGCCACUCCUCGUUCCGCACGUGAAAGCUUAAAGUUGAACAAAUGUCUAGGAUGGACCGUGUAGCCAAGCUCUUUCGCCUUAAAUGAAUUGUUAGAAUAAUAAACCUCGGAACGCUCACUUGGCCGGCGGCUCGCUGAGACCGACCGCCGAUCGAUUGAGUGUUCGCGAAAGUUUUCUCUUAAACAAUUAAGUCAAUGAAAUGACAUUGUAGGGGUCUAAUUAUUUGGGUUCGAUUCAGUUUCUUGUCGAUAUAACAUAAUUUAAGAAAAUAAUAUUUAAAAAUGUGACAAUUGUACAUUUGGAAAUGAUUUUGGAGGCUUCGAAAAUUAUUUUCUUUGUCUUCUCAAAGUACUAAAACUGCUACAGUUAUUAUUAUUUAUUAAUUAUUUAUCAAUGCAUAUCUUAAAUAUUUGUGAAAGUGCGCAGGUAUUGAAAAUCGUUUAUCUUGUUUGAUACAAUAUGUUAUUGAGGGUUUUAAUAUGAACCCUGGACUGUCCAAUGUCCCCAGUUGGUUAUGUUCAUAUUUUAUGUAAAUAAUAUUGGAGCACUGCCACAUAGGUGUUGGGCUCUAAACUUAGUUAGUGUAUGAAUUACUUCAUACAGUAGUGUAAUUACUUUGAAUGGCAUCAGAAUGUAGAAUGCUGGUGACAAUGUGUAGAAAAAAAUAAUUUAACGGUUAGGUUAUUUUUCCGAUGGAUCGUAAUCACAAAAGUACAAAGAAAAUAAGAGUGGGAAUCAUACUUUUAAUAAUAAUAGUUAACAACAUUGUGAAUGCGAGGAAGUAAUGUUGACAAUGUACGUAUUUAUGUAUGAAACUUAUUUUUUUUUUAUAAUCACAAGACCAAUCAAAUGUUUCGUCGUGAACUGUGCUGUGGAAUUGCUACUCAUUAGUGAUUUAAACUUUUUUGGGUGUUACUGUAAUAAUGUGAGACGUAUGUACUUUAUAUAAAGCUAUUUAACAUGUGUGUGGAUCAGUAUAAACAAUGAUACAAAAACGAUAUAAGGUUGUAUAGCACAAGAGUUGCGAGAGUGCAACAUUUCUUUGUGACAGGUUUUCUAUAACUUAUUAAUAUCUGGUAGCAUAAAUGUUGUCUAUUUCGGAAAUAAAUUCGAAAGGGUGUGUCAAUCAAAGAAUUAUAUCUUUUUGUUCCGAUAAAAUCAACACCUUUAAUCUAGAAGUCUUAUUUCUAAGCCUAUAAAUUUUGGUCAACUGUAGCAUACAAUUGAAAUGCACAUCAAACCAAUAUGAUUUAUUAUGAACCAAGACGUUGAAACCUUGGUUCACAUGCAUAUCUAUUCUAAAUUAUGUUGGAUAAUGCAUGUUGUAUUGAAUUACGAUGCGCAUUGCAAUCGCUUCACAUGAAACUUGCUCGGAAGAUCACUAUUUAUAGCUUCCAGUUGCGUUAAGAAAUGCCUGAAAACCGCGCCUGGUACAUGUUCUAAAUUUGUCGUACGCAAGCAAAGUUGAGUCUCAACGAGAGCGUUUAUGAAUCGAACAAUUGACAUCGAGUCAUUCUUAGUAAAUUUAUUUAUUCGCGUGCAAGUCACUUGUCACAAAAGUAUCACAUUAAAAUAAACCUUCAACGUAAUAUACCGUUCGUAACGGUCGAUAACGAUUGAAAUAAUUGCUCUCAAUGAGGACAUACCGUUUAUUAAACUAGCAAAUUACUAAACCGCGUUAUAUCGAGUCUAUUAAGUAAAUUGCGACUUGCGAAGGGGGCGUUAUGAGUAGCCAACCAGACGCUGGCUUUCCCAACACUGUCCGGUGAUAAAUACAUAAGAAUUCGAAUCUUCUGUCAUUUCGUAUCGGCUAACCGUUCGACCACAACUCAUCGUGGCGUAUUUAUACAUUCAUACUUUUUAUACAUUUGAUAAUAAACCCCGUCGCUCCGGUGAGUAAUCCUCGAUUUCGUUACUGGUUGGCUAACGUUAUUGGCCAAAUAAGCCGAAAAAAUACAAAGUAUAUUUAAAAGAUUUCAAGCCAAUAGGGAGCACCAGUAGUUUCUUUCUGUUUUCAUA